AAAAUGGAUGCCUGGAGCAUUAUUUAAUCCAGUUGAUUAAGUGUACUGAAAGCCGCUCCUAUAAAUACCUCCAACCUCGCCACCCUCCAUUUUCACUCCAAUUUCCCUCGGCAUCAGUUUCUGUUCCAUUAGAAACCAGCGAAAUUCUCGUUGCUUCUCUGAUGGCUGUAGAGAUUUGGUACUAAUACUUAGGGUUUGAUCCUUCUGUUUCUUUGCCCUUCCAUGGAUCUCAUUGGCUCAAAUACUCGAUUUCCAGCGAAUAUGUGCGUGCAUUACUUUUGCUUGAGCAGCUUUUGAGGUUAAUUUCCAGCGCAAUUUAGGGUUAUGGAGAUUAAUCUGGAAAAGGUAAUAUGUUCCACCAUGGAUCUCUCCAACUCGCUUCCGAAAUGCGCCUAUUCUCCUUGCACUGCAAGAUAUACUUCAGAUAAAGAUUAUAAUCCUGAAAGCUUGAAAUCCACGGCGACCGACGUCAGUAACGCCACUGACUCAGAAACCAGACUCAUUAAAUCAAUCGUACAAGACGACAAGGCUCAGCUCAUGUCUCUCUCGAGGUUUUUCCUUGACACUAUCAAGCGCUCCACAAUCGACCGAACAGUUGUCUCGAAGCUCCUUCAUCUCUGUUGUGCUUUCGAUUCCGUCGACUGCGCUACGUCUCUGGUCAAUGGAGAGCUAGGAGCCAUGCCCUUGGUGAACGAGAUGGACGCUGCCGGGAUGUCGCCGCUGCACACUGCGGCCAAGGCUCACGCUGCGCGUUGCGUGGAAAUGCUGCUUAGGAAACGCGCCCGUACGGACCUGAAGACUAGAGACGGACGGGGGCUGCUCCCUCUGGAGCUGUCGCUUUCGAAAACCAGAAUGGAUGUUAUUUGGAACCCGAAUGACCACUCCGUUGAAGAUUUGGUAGUUCAGCUUAGUGAGAAGGAUUUGACCGCUGUAAAACAUCUUAGCGAAAAGACAAAGGAAAUCGGCGAGGUGGCGUAUGCAAGCGCCAUUGGAGGGCGGGUUGUGGAUUUAGCUUCUCUGUUAGUAGUAGCGGCACAGAAAGUAAAUGAGUCGAUUUUGGAGUUGCAUGAUGCAGAUUUAAAUUCCAAAACGAAAACCACGAUUUACGAACGUGUGAUUAGAGAGGCAUUAAGCCUCGGUCGCUCUGCGACAUUGCUGAGUGCCGCUAAACGAAAGUGUAGUCCAACCAAGAGCGAGAUCACCGGGAAAAGGAAGCUUUUGCUCUGCGAAAUUGAGUUGUUUCAGCUGUUCGGCGCCGUUGCCCACACCGGUUGCGCGGAAAAGAAGGUGACGUCACCCUUAAUCUUGGCGUCGCAGGCUGUAGAUGAAGCCAUUAUUGAACUGCUUCUAAUGACUAACAUAGAUGUAAAUGAUGUGGAUACUGAAGGGAACUCUGCACUUCAUUGGUGCCUGAAGACAUCUAAGGGAUCAUGUUCUCAGCAGAUCAAGAUUAUGUGGCUCUUGCUGAAGCAUGGUGCCCGAGUGAACCAAAAAAAUAAACUGGGGCUAACUGCCGUCCAUCUUGCUGCUGCAAAUGGUAAUUUGCAAGCACUAAAGGUCCUUUUAUUGGAAGACCCAGAUUGCGUCAACUCAAAAACAGAAACAAAAGAAACCCCAUUAUUUUUUGCCGUGAAGAAUGACAGUAAGGACUGUGCUGAGGUUCUUCUGCACUGGGGAGCAAGUACUGAUGUCUUUAAUUUGCGAAAGCAAAGACCUGUAGACUUGGCAGAGUCGCAAGACAUGCGUUUCUUGCUUAACCCAAUGAAUAUUAGCCUCACAAAUCGUGCUUUCCCCAUCCAACAGAAGUAUACUGCUUGGUUACAAGGAGAUGAGGUGAUUGCAGAGACUUGUGAGGAGCUUUUUGAUUGGAAAGAUGAAGGCACCACCACUUACAGAACUUGCACAAGUGUGAAGACAGAGAUAUGCAAAUACUUUGAAUCUCCUACUGGAUGUGUUCGAGGCAGUAAGUGCUUUUAUGUGCAUGCUGGAGAGGAGCUCAGACAGAUGAAGCAGGGAACCGAAAUAAUUCAUUCAUCCACAGCACAGGACCUUGAACGGAAAAUUUUUGUAGGAGGCCUACCUCCUUCUCUGGAUUCUGAUUUGUUGCACAAAUUUUUUGAAGAGAAAUUUGGUUCGGUGGCUGAUGCCAGUAUUGUGGGAGUUCAAACAGGAGACAAGAUACAAUCUCGAGGAUUUGGUUUUGUCACCUUUAAACACAAGAAAUCUGUUAUAGCAGCUGUUGAAGCACAACAUGUUUCUGUUAUGGGCAAGCAAAUAGAGAUCAAAAGUGCUCUUCCGAAGUGCCUUUUAUCAGUUGAGCUUCAGAAAUCACCUCUACAAAAUGAACAAGAACAGAGUGAUGAUCAUCUACCACGAAGUAACACGACUAAAGAGAAUAAUACAAAGGAGAUGGCUGAUUGGCUGACACCCAGUGAGAAUGCAAAAUUGGACCUGCUCAGUUGCCAGUCACCCAAUCAGAGGACUGAAGAAGAGAUGCCUAACUGUAAGACCACGGAAGAGGAAAAAUCAAUGCUUAUGUCUUGGGUUGAUACACUAAUAUGUGGUCAACCAAAGGCACGUUCGAAUGAAUCUCAAUUGCACAAAGAUGGCAUGCCCACGUGGCUCAGAACUUUCAAGAAGUGGCUCCCUCAAUUCUUACAGCAGGUAGCGAAGAGAGAGGGAGAAUAUGCUCUCUCAUCCUUGAAAGCUGAUUUCAGGGCUGCUUUUGGCCUGGAAUUGGACCACGCCUCUCUUGGGUUCCCGAAGCUUAGUGAAUUCAUGAGAUCUUUCCCAGACCUUUGUCACAUUAAGUUUGUUCCUAUUGGCAAACAAAAACCUGCCAAUCACAUGAUACUUUUGCCAAGCCUUUCUAAAUCUCAUUGUCAACCAGUUCAACCUUUAAAUAUAUGUAGUCCAUCUUCUCAUGCAAUUGAGUCUACUAGUAAUGGUGAUUCUAGCAAAGCUAAGGUCUUUCAAGAUAUUCCAUUGGUGUCUAAUGAGAAUAAUGCCUCGACUGAUAGCAGCUCUUUGUGGUCCCAUCAGACGCCUGAAGAGAACACAGAGGACACCUUAGUUACUGUGCACUCCACUUUUCUUCAAUUUUUAAAGCCAGACCUAAUUUUUCAUGCUCGACCGUGGCUUUUUGUUGAACCUCUUGGUGACACAGGAGAUACUGUUGAUAGAGGAGAAUUGGGAGACAAGUUUAAAGGGUGGAAGCACAUACCUCAGGAAAGACAUUUGGUUUUGGAGGUGCUUGCUAGUAAAAGGAAUAAUUCAUCUGUGUUCUUCCUUCGUGAAUUUGAUUUUUAUGAUAACUACAAGGCAAGCGUCGUGCAGGGAAGGUGCUUUGGGUGCAACCAGCGUCGUGUGUUGUGGGCAAACUUUCCAUGCCAGCACUUGCUGUGGUGUGCUGACUGUAAACUAGAGAUCACACAGAUAGCCAGUAAUUUUGAACACAAGUGCGUGGUCUGUGAUGUCAAAGUGCAGAAAAUAGAAUUGAUCCCGUGGCACGAACACUGUCAGAAUACGGACGGAGCCCACAUUGAUGAGUUCGCACCUUUUAAGCCUAAUUACAUUGAAAAAUUUGUCCAAGAAAAGAUAUCUCCUUCGACAAGUACCUUGACAAAUUCUUUGCAGCUAUUCUCUGAGAAGAUAGAAGAGUAUAAAGCUUGCUUAUGAAUGUGAAGUCCUCUUGUGUAAUCUGCUGACUGCUGAGGAAAAGGCCGGCUUAUUGACGUCGUCUUAUCUGAAAAUCUGUACAAACUGAUUACAAAACUCUACCAUAUAUACUUUUUGCGAUAAGAGUGGGUUGCCUGACGUUGUACUCGUACGUAUACUUGCCUUUGGUGAAUGCUUUUCACAAAUUUACUGAUUUCUUCUACCUAAUCGAGUUAGAGGAAUCUAUAUAAUACAAAUGAAGAUGUAUAGAUCU